AAUGCCAGCGCAGAGAAAGUGCCACGACUCCACACAGACAACGACUGACUCCUCUACUCGGGACAAGAUUUCUUUUUUGUUUUUUGCCGGCGUGGUAAGAUAGUUGGAUUCAUUCCCUUCUUGUUUGAACUCUUCCUGAAGUGAUUAAUCCAUCGGAAAUCUGCCGCGAAAGAAGGUUUAAUAAGAAGGCACACUUGGAGUCAUGGACAUCUAUGAUCCUCAGACCCUUGGAAUUGUUGUGUUUGGUGGCUUCAUGGUGUUCUCAGCCAUUGGGAUAGUCCUCGUCUCAACAUUUUCCAUGAAGGAGACCUCGUAUGAAGAAGCUAUAGCCAAGCAACGAAAGGAGCUUGGAAAGACCCAGUCCAGCCAACGAACAGACAAGAAGAAAAAGGACAAGGCAGGUGAGAAGAAAAUCCGAGGUAAGAAAAAGGAAGACAAUGCUAAUGGAAAGAUCCCUGAGUCAGAGGCCACCCCUGAGGCUGCAGAAGCACCAGCUGAGCCCAGUCCACCAAUUCCACCAGCCCCAGAACAAGUAGCUGCUCUGACACUUAAACCAGAAGCCCCAGCCCAGAAGUCUGCUCCACCGGCCCCAGCCCAGAAGUCUGCUCCACCGGCCCCAGCCCAGAAGUCUGCUCCACCGGCCCCAGCCCAGAAGUCUGCUCCGCCGGCCCCAGCCCAAAAGUCUGCUCCACUAGCCCCUGCACAAAAAUCUGCACCAGUUCAGAAAUCCUCUCAAUCUGCCCAUGCCCAAAAGUCUGCUUCAACUGCCACAGCCCAGAAAGCAGCUUCACCUGCCCCAGCCCAGAAGUCUGCUCCACCGGCCCCAGCCCAGAAGUCUGCUCCGCCGGCCCCAGCCCAAAAGUCUGCUCCACUAGCCCCUGCACAAAAAUCUGCACCAGUUCAGAAAUCCUCUCAAUCUGCCCAUGCCCAAAAGUCUGCUUCAACUGCCACAGCCCAGAAAGCAGCUUCACCUGCCUUAGCCCAAAAGUCUGGUGCACCUGCCCCAGUCUCAGCCCAGAAGUCUGAUCCACCUGUCUCAGUCCAAAUUGCUUCCUCUCAAUCUGCCCCAGCCCAAAAGCCUGCAACACCCGCCUCAGCCCAAAAGGCUGCACCACCUGCCCCAGCCAAGAAAGCUGCUCCAUCUGCCCUAGCCCAAAAGUCUGGUUCAACUGCCCCAGCCCAGAAAUCUGAUCCACAAGCCUCAGUCCAAAUGGAUGCUUCAACUGCCUCGGCCCAAAAGUCUGCAACACCUGCCCCAGCCCAGAAAUCCUCUCAACCUGCUGCCACCCGAAAACUCAGUCCACCUGCCCCCGCCCCUUCUCCUAAGGCUGCAGCAGGUCCCCCAUCUGCAGUGUCUGCUGCACCCCAUCCCAUCCUUGAUGAUGCCCCACCUGCCCCAUCUCCUAAAAACAAGAGGAAGAAGAAAGCUAAAGUGGAGUCUGUCUCUGCUGAGGUUCUGACCAAAUCAGUGGCUCCAUUGGAGAUGGUGACUAAAAAUGUUCCAGUGAUGGCCGUACCUCCAGUGGGCACUCUGAAAGCCACCCCAGUAACUGCUGUACUGUCCAAAGCAGAGGAAUCCAAACAGGAGGUUUCAUCUAAGAAGAAAACAGGAUCCAAGAAGAAGGUAGAGACAGCGGUGGCUGCAGACCCCGCAGACAGUCCAUUGUUCCUGCCAUAUAAGGCUCUGGUGUCCACUGUGAGGAGUAUGGUUUUCAGUGAAGGAGAGGCCCAGCAGCUCAUUGAGAUUCUGUCUGAUAAGACUGGGAUAAUCCAGGACAGCUGGCACAAGGCAACACAGAAGGGUGAUCCAGUAGCCGUACUGAAGAAACAGUUGGAGGAACGGGAAAAGCAGCUGGCAGCCGAGCAGGAGGAUGCAGCAGCUGCUAAGUGCCAUCUUAGAGAAUUGAAUAAGGAGCUGUCUAUGGAGAAGUCAAAGGUGGCAUCUGUGGAAACCAGGCUGAGCUCUCAGCUGAGCAAGCGUGAGCAGGAUAUUAUUGCCUUGCAAGCACGUAUGCAGGCCAGUUAUCAAGACCACCUCUCCGAGACCCAGCAGCUUAAUGCCAAAGUCUUGGCUCUCCAGGACCAGCUCGAGAAAGGCCCAAAUGCUCAGCUGGCCCGUCUACAGCAGGAGAACUCCAUCCUCAGAGAUGCUCUCAACCAAGCCACCAGUCAGACUGAGAGCAAACAAAAUGCUGAGUUGGCCAAACUACAUCAGGACUGCAUGCGACUGAAUAAAGAGCUGAUUGAGAAGAAUGAGGCCUUGCAGGCUGACGAACAGCUCAAGAAAAUUCUGGAAUCCAAAGCUGCCACUGCUGAGAAACAACUGGCCCAGCUGCAGGCAAGCUGGGCGAGUAGUGAACAGGCCCUACAGAAGCGUCUGGAGGAAGUGAGUGAGGAGCUCAGACAGACCCAAAGCAGCAGAAACAGCCUUCAGAUGCAGCUGGAACAAGCUCAGCAUGAAGCCACGGCUCUAGCAGAGGCACAAACUCGUGUAGCCAGUGUGGAGGCAGAACUGAGAGAGCAUGCCAGACAGGUGGAGAGUCUGCAGAGCCAGCUGAAGCAGACACAGGUGGAGAGAGAGCUGCUGCAGGAGACAAGACAGAACAAAGAACAGAACCACAAUUCAGACGCUUUGAUGGCUGAACUGGAGCAAGCAAAGUGCAGUCUGAAGGAGAAAGAGAGUCGAGUUUUAACUCUUGAAGAAGAGCUGACCCAACUCAAAAACACUAUCACCAAUCAGGUGGAUAACAAAGCAGAUGUGCAGUGCUUGCAGCACAGCAUAAAAGAAAAAGGUGACCAAAUAGCAGCUCUUCAGGAAGAACUCCAACAGGUUAAAGAAAAAAGUUCUAACCUCAACAAACUAGAAAACACAGAAAUGCUGGAAAAGCUACAAAACAGUUUGAAAGAAGAGAGAGCUCGAGUGGCAUCAUUUGAGGAUGAGAUGAGACAGAGUAAAGAACAGUGCAACACUAGAAUGGAAGACAACACAGCCAAAAUGGAGUCACUACUUAAGAGUGUAACUGAGAAAGAAAGCCUUGCAACAUCACUACAGCAGGAACUGCAGCAACUUAAGGAGCUCUAUCAGUCACAGUGCAAGAGUUGCGAGAGUUUGGAGGACGUGCUGCAAUCUUUCCAGACCGAUACCAAAGAAGUUCUUCAUUCCCUUUUCCCACACAUCAACAUAGACAUUGAACAGACCAAAUGGUUGCAGGACUUUUCUGUGAAGGCACAAGAGGCAUUAAAUCAAAAGCAACAGAACAAAGAAUCCCAGCAAAGCACAGAGAUGUUGGAGAUAAUGGGGAAACUACAGAAUGCCAAGGAGAAUCAAUCCACACUACAAGCAGAGUGUGAACAGUACAGGAGUGUACUUGCUGAGACGGAGGGGAUGCUGAAGACCCUUCAGAAGAGUGUAGAGGAAGAAGAAAGGGUGUGGAGGACCAAGAUAAUGAAUUCAGAGGAGAAAAUGAGGAUGGCAUUCGAAAAGGUGCAAGAAUUGGAAGAGACAACAGAGAGAUUGAGAGCAGAGAAUCAAAGCAGUCAAAAGCUGAAGGACAAGGUGAUGCUGCUAGAAGCUCAACUAGAGGAACCGGUUCAGUCAGCUUCUAUUGACAGCCAGAGCCAAUCUGAAGAGAUGACACAUUUGAAGCAGCUUUUAUCAGAAUCAGAAAUACAGCUGAGUGCAGCCCAGCAGGAGGUUGAGACACAGAGGGAGGAACUUUCACAGGUCAGAAAGCAGCUGAAUGACGUGAUGCUGCGAGCUCAGGGAGUGGCAGAGAACGGGCAGCCUGAGGCAGAGGAAUGUCAGGUCCAGGCUCAACUGGAGCAGACAGUGGACAAACUUCAGAGUGAACAAGUUCUAAACCAGCAGCUGUCUGCCGAAGUAGAGCAGGCUCAGGAGACCCUCAGGAAACAGCUUCAAACCCAUAUGGAACAAACAAAGUCAGCUGGAGAUACUGCAGCCAUGGAAGAUGUUACUCAGUUGAAGGAGUGUCUAGAAAAAGAGCGAAAGAUGACCAAAGAUUUGGGCCAGGCAGCCACCAAACUACAGCGGCUGCUUAGAAACAGUCAGGACCAACUUGCCAAAGAAAAAGAAAAUGUCAGGACCCUGCAGGAUCAGUUGCAAGACAAGGAGGUUGGUGGAGAGGUGAAGGGAGGCACUUCUGUUUAAGGUGGAAAACACUAAACAGCUUGCCAAAAAUUGCCUUAAGAUUACCAAAAUGAAGCAUUCCAUAAUUUUAUUUUCUUGUUCUACUGUAGUCUUGGGAAAAAUCGCACCUUUUGGAGAAAUCUUUAACCAAUGCAAAUAUUUUAUUAAGGAGAUUUGCUGGAACGAUUUCUGCUUUAUACAUUCCAUCUUAAAACUUCUGGCUGUCAUAAAUUAUUCCUCAACUUCCUUGUAUUUUCCGAGUGUUCCUGCAUUUCCCCUGAUGUCAGUGUUAAAAGGGAAACCGUAUGUAUGUUAAGUAUACAUCAACUAGUGCAAAUGCUUGUAAUUGAAUAAAUAUGCAUACCUUUAUGGUACAUGGAUACAGCAUCUGGAAUGCCCUCUCUGCAGUUGGCUUAAACACCACUGUAUAAGUUUGAUAAAUAAUAAACAUACCUU